AUGGAGAUGGAAAUGUUCUGCUCUUCUGCUGUUGCUAUGGAAACCAUGGUUGCUUCAGUCAUGCAAUCUCUUGUUAUAGAAUCUGCUUUGCUCGCUGAGAAAACUCUAGUUUGCUUUCUCUUAGAGAUUUACAAAAGAAAAAAUCCUGCUCAAGGACCUCAAGAUGGUAGUGAAACAGAAGAUGACGAUGAUGAUGAUGAAGCUAAUGCUCAAGACGAUGACGAUGAUGAUGAAGACGAUGACGACGAUGAUGACGACGACGAUGAGGAUGGCGAAGAGGGUGAUGAUGAGGAUGAGGACGAAGAAGACGAUGAGGAAGAUGAGGACGAUGAUGAAACUCCACAACCACCUUCUAAGAAGAGAAAGUGA